CCGAGUGACAUCACUGCCUUUCUUCCUGUGCGCUGGCUUUGACACAAGCCAGAUGGCCCUGGAGAUCGGUAGGAGCGCAAGCUGCCUGGUACAGCAGUUGAUGAAACAGAAUAGGAAGACGUUUUAUGGUCAGCUGUGGGAGCACAAUGAAGCUACAGCUUUGCUAACUCUUGCCCCAGUUCUUUGCUUCUGAUUUUGAUGGUGAAGAUAUCACAGUGAUGUCUGCCUUCAACCUGCUGCAUUUGGUGACAAAGAGCCAGCCAGUAGCCCUGCGAGCCUGCGGGCUUCCCUCAGGGUCAUGUAGGGAUAAAAAGAACUGUAAGGUGGUCUUUCCCCAGCAGGAACUGAGGAAGCGGCUAACACCCCUGCAGUACCAUGUCACUCAGGAGAAAGGGACCGAAAGUGCCUUCGAAGGAGAAUACACACACCACAAAGAUCCUGGAAUAUAUAAGUGUGUUGUUUGUGGAACACCAUUGUUCAAGUCUGAAACCAAAUUUGAUUCUGGCUCAGGUUGGCCUUCGUUCCAUGAUGUGAUCAGUUCUGAUGCAGUCUCCCUCACCGACGACUUUUCCUACGGGAUGCACAGGGUGGAAACAAGCUGCUCUCAGUGCGGUGCGCACCUUGGGCACAUUUUUGAUGACGGACCUCGUCCAACCGGCAAAAGAUACUGCAUAAACUCGGCUUCCUUGUCUUUCGCUCAUGCGGAGAGCAGCAGUGGUGAAGCAGCCUGCGCGGGCAGCAGCCCAGCCCCCGCCUCGCGGGACAAAACAGAACUGUAG